AUGCUCGAAUACUUUACCUACAAGAAGAUCAAGAAGCACAAGACUCAGAAGGAGGUCAAGGAAGAGGCCAAGCGCCUGACAGACUCCAACAGGGACUCUGACGACUUGCUGGAGGAGCGCGCCCAUGGCAGGCUGGACGACCGCCACGGGAAGCGUCGCGAUGACGGUCGCGACAACGACGACGACCGGGCGCUCCAGGCGCCGCCUGUCCUCCGCCCCGAGGACGAGACCUUUCUCGAACAGCUACUCGCAGGCGAAGAUGGACCGGCGCCUCCCUUGCCCCCGCGCAACUAUUUGAACGAGUUCGGCUUGCCGUCCGAUAACGAAGGCGCGGCUUCGGCGAGCGAGCCCGAAAAGAGUGAAGAGGUGGCGGGGGAAAAGGAUACAAACAAGGCGGGUGCCUUGAAAACGGCCGAAAAGAAGCCUGGCCGGUUUGCCCUCUUCUUCUCCAAGAACAAGAAGAGCAACGAGGAGGGCCUGGAACCCCACGGCGUCCCGCCGGCCGAGGGCGAGGGCGAGACCAAGGACCUCAGCCGCGUCCUGGACCGCCUCAACCUGAGCGCCAAGAACAACAAGGUCGUCUCGACAGACUCAUCCGAGCUUCUCCAAAAGUUCACCCAGGUGUUCAAGGACCUUGUCAACGGCGUGCCCACGGCCUACGACGACCUCGCCAAGCUCGUCGAGGAUCGCGACGGCACCCUGUCCAAGGGCUUCGACAAGCUGCCGUCGUCGCUCCAGAAGCUCGUCACCCAGCUGCCCGACAAGAUCACGGGGAGCCUGGCGCCCGAGAUUCUCGCCGCGGCCGCGAGCAAGCAGGGCAUCAAGUCGGAUGCCCAGGGCGGCGUCAAGGGCGUCGCCAAGAGCAUCCUCAUGCCGCACAACCUCGCCGAGCUGGUGACCAAGCCCGGCGCCAUUGUCGGCAUGCUGAGGGCCAUUGUCGAGGUGCUCAAGACGCGUUGGCCGGCCUUCAUUGGCAUGAACGUCAUCUGGAGCGUUGCCCUGACACUGCUCCUCUUCAUGCUCUGGUACUGCCACAAGCGCGGCCGCGAAGUGCGCCUGGAGCGCGAGCAGUCCGCGGUCGCCAUCGACGGCAGCGACCGCAUCGAGGAGCUACCCGACGACCCGACCCUCCCCGCCCCCGAGCCGAGGGUGGCAGAUGUCUCAGGGCGGUCGUCGUCGACCACUCCGCAACUGUCACAUCGCCCUACUGCCCAGCGUCGCGAUACGUCCGGGUCGAAUCGUCGUUGA